ACUGACCGUGUCUAUAGAUAACAAGUGGGCGGGGAGUUUGGCAACUCUGGGUGAGCUCAAAGCACUGAACCAGCUAUAUUAAGGGACUCCAGAGAGCAAUUCUUCCAUAACAAUAGCGCUGUGGAACACUUCAGGCCAGGCUUUCAGAAUUCCAGCUACGAAGUUACAGUACCAUAGCUCACUUUCACAGCAUCCCAGUUCGCGAUUAGCUUACAGGUUACAGCCGCAGUUACAGCACAAAGGCCCUUGGCUACAAAACCCCAGCUUAGUGCCACUCAGUUGAAGUACAACGGAAAAAUACAAAAAAAGGGUAAACAAAACUCAUCCCCUAAAAUCAUCGACAGCUUUAUUCACGCCAACACACUUCAGUCAAAAUGGUAGAGCAGCAGGCAAAAGAGAUGAAGGGCCAAGGGACUCAUGCGACAUCCAAGAGCCAAAUCAAGGAAGAAUACGUGAAAACAGCACUGAAGGUGGAUAAGGGCAGCGACGCUCAACUCAUAUCUUGGGUAACUGAAGACUUUACUCAAAAAGGCGAACAUUUUGCCUGCAUCGUUACAAGUAUAAAAGUAAAAUAUCGUCAAGGAGGAAUUGAGAACAAUAUCACUUAUGUAGUCAAGUUGAACCCACAACGAAACAUGAAGGAGCUUAGGGAAUAUGUCCGCUUAAACUUCAUAAAGGAGGUGGGGUAUUACCAGGACUUAGUACCUCUCUUUAACGCCGAGCUUCAAAAUUUUGGAAUAGAACCUUUGCGGAUGCCUACUUGUCUUUUUGUACACAUGACCGAGGGCGAAGAGGUGAUGAUAUUAGGAGACUUACGCCCAGAAGGCUUCAAGGUACUUGACCGUAAGAAGGGAAUGGAAAAGGAACAUACCAUCAUGGUAAUGAAAGAAAUGAGUAAAAUUCACGCAGCAUCAACUUUAGUCGAGAAAAAAGCAGAAGAAGCUUUAGAGCUCAAGCACAAGUACCUACUAGUAGAUAUGUCUAGUAUGAAACAAUUUGACAAAUUUUUUACGGGGAGCAUGAGGAGCGCGGCAGACUUAGCAGAAAAAGUCGGGGGUUAUGAGAGACAUGCAGCCUGGUUUCGAAACUUUGCUCCAAAGUGUGGUGACGCAUUCAAGGAACAGUUGAAGAGGAGUCCACCUUUUGAUGUUGUGUGUCAUGGUGAUUGCUGGACCACCAACGUCUUAUUCAGGUACGACGAGAGCGGUGCCCCAGUAGACUUGAGACUCCUGGACUUCCAGGUAUGUCGUAAAGCCUCGCUAGCCACAGAUCUCAACUUCUUUAUGUACACCAGCCUAACAGGUGACCAGAGGAAGGAAAAUCUUCAUGUGUUCUUAAAAGCGUAUCACGACUCCUUCAGGCAGGUGAUGGAAGGUGCCGGAUUCCCAAUGCCAUUCAGUACUGAGGAACUUCUGCAAGAGUAUCAUAAAAGGAACCUGUUUGGCUUUAUCAUGGGAUUAAUUGCCGUCCCCAUUCUUUUAACCAUGAGCAAAGAGGCACUGGAUCUAAACAGUGUAAAAGAUGAGAACAUAGAAAAUUUCGUCAGUGACCAGAAGAACAAAAAUUUGAAACAGUUGGAUAGUAACCCACUUCUGCGUCCUCGACUUCUUUCACUGUUUGAUGACAUGGUUGAGUUUGGCAUAAUUUCCUAGACAUAAUUCUUUAGUGAAGUCUACCUCGGGUUGAUAUAGGUCAAGAACCCCGACCCCCCCACCCCCCAAAAAGUGCGUAUGUCAUAUAUUUUGAAGGCAAAAAACCUAAAAUCAAUUUAUUUAUGUUAUAACUAGUAAUAUAAUCUGGGCCAUUGAAAGUUAAACGUAAGUUUGAUUGUUACAGCAUCAGGAAGAUUUUACUGAAGAACUAUAAAUUGUAAUACUAAUUUCACCAAAUUUACAAAAUGUCAUCACACUCACAUACACACACGGGGAUUAUUGGUGUAAAGGUGCAAUUUAAGAUGAAAAUUGACAAGUAGAAUAUUUUUCAUACAAACAAAAGAAUACCUCACCUAUCAUAUCCAUAAUAAACUUUUAAUAAUCCAUUAUUACUACUAUUAUACUGAAUUUUACAACAAAAUAAAAACCAAAAGAUACUAAAUACACGAGAAAAUUACGAAAAGAUGUCAAAAUCAUAGAAAACGCCCAAGAUGUUGCUAGAAAUGGAACUGAGAACCCUAAACGACAAAACAUAGCGCCAUGAUGAGUGGAGGCGGCCCAGCUACUGAGUACACUAGACUCUAGUCUAGAAGUUUAGUGUCUAGACCCAAGUGCACUUAUUAGCUAACGCUACUGAACGUCCCAAGAGACAAGAGCUGAGCAUUACCUUAGAAACCACAGGAAUGUUUUCUACUUAAAAGAACUGUUUACCGUUAGAGUCAGUAACAUGAUAGACCAGUGGUUCUCAACCUUGUUUGCCCCAUGCACCCCUUUCACCAUAUGUCAGAAUGUCAUUCCCCCCUCCUUUCCAAGAUUG